AUGAAUUGCUUUCCGUGUUUCUCAUCCGGUGAAAAGAAGGGAUCAAAGAGCAUUGAUGGGAGGAAGGUGCAAGGCCAAGGUACAUCACAGAGGGGAAUAGUGUCUCAAAGGCCACCAGGUGACUUUUUUUCUCGUCCUCUUAUUUUUAUUUUCUUUUUUUUCCCAUCUUACAUGUUCUCACUAGUAUGUAUGAUCACUGAACUUUUGGAUUAUUCCCUCUCUGCGGAUUACUCUCUUGCAGCUGAUUUGUAACAUUGAGACAUUCUGAAAAUCCUUCUGACGUCCUUUGGUCUACUUUUAUCUGCAAAGUCGGUCGCCAACUGAUGGGUUAUUUUGGAUAAGUAUAAACCUUCGGCUCUAACCAGUAUGUGAAUAGAUUGCUACACAAAAUUAUAAAUAAAACGACUCCAUGAGUAUAAUCCAUACUUAUGAUCUACAAACUUGAAAAAAAAACAACGGCCAAAGAGCAUGGAUAUGCUCGGCCGUUAGAGAGAACACCGAUUAUGUCAUAGAAAAGAUGUUCGAAUAGGUAAGUAGUACUUUCCAAAAAAAAAAUGGUGUAAGGAAUCUUUGAUUCUCCUACCAUUGCACGUAACAUUAGUGCCUUUUCUUGGCUUCUUAUGCAGUAAACAAAAAGUCAAAAUAUCAUUGGAUACCUACAUAAAUCCAUCGAAAUGACUCAGGAGAAUCAUGGCAUGGAGGCAAUGGAAUGUGUCCUUUAUCUUUUGUGACAAUGCAGCUUAUGCUUUGGUUGCUGCAGAAAAUUCUAAGCAGGUUCCAACUGAGUCGACCACUAAGGAUUCUGGGAAUGGAAACAUUGCAGCCCAAGCUUUCACAUUCCGUGAACUCGCUUCUGUAACCAAAAAUUUCCGUCCAGAAUGUUUAGUGGGUGAAGGAGGGUUUGGAAGAGUGUACAAGGGGCGGCUUGAGAAGACUGGGCAGGUAGGUUCCCUCCGUGUGGUGUGAUCUAUUCUGUCUAUACUGCCUCAAGAUUUCCAUGGUCAAAUCAAAGAAUGAUGGAUGGAUUUUAUCAUCUAUGGGCAGCUUGUGGCAGUGAAGCAACUGGACAGGAAUGGACUACAAGGCAACAGAGAGUUUCUUGUUGAAGUUUUGAUGCUAAGCCUCCUCCACCACCAAAAUCUUGUCAAUCUUAUCGGAUACUGUGCUGAUGGUGAUCAGAGGCUUUUGGUAUACGAGUUCAUGCCCUUGGGAUCUCUAGAAGACCACCUGUUUGGUACGACUUUCUCGUGUUUUAGACUUUAUUUCCAAAUCCCUGAUGAUUAUAUCACUUUCUUGAGAGUAUAAUAGCUUCAUUUCUCUGUUAAAAGAUCAUCCUCUGGGAAAAAAAUUCUUUUCGAUGUUGAUGAUUGGCUUACAAAUUCUUCUCUCUUUGACCUCCCUGACGUUCUUGUUUAGAUCAACAUUUUAUAGAGCUCGAGAUGGUUAUCUAAGUAGAUGAAGUACAUGUCUUCUACAGAUGUUCCCCCUGAUCAAAAGCCUUUGGACUGGUACUCUAGAAUGAAAAUAGCGACUGGUGCUGCCAAAGGUCUGGAGUAUUUGCACGACAAUGCCAACCCACCAGUUAUCUAUCGUGAUCUGAAGUCAUCCAAUAUCUUACUUGAUGGGGAAUUCAACCCAAAGCUCUCUGAUUUUGGACUGGCUAAGCUUGGUCCAGUUGGGGAUAAAAUAAAUGAUUCUUCGAGAGUGAUGGGGACAUACGGCUACUGUGCACCAGAGUAUGCCCGAAAUGGUCAGCUCACCCUGAAGUCGGAUGUUUACAGCUUCGGAGUGGUCUUGCUGGAGCUAAUUUCAGGGAGAAGAGUCAUCGACACAACCAGGCCAACAAAUGAGCAGAAUCUGGUUGCCUGGGUAUGGAAUCUUCAUGCUUUACAGUACCCUAAUAUUAUCAAAUCGAUGUUUCUAGUUCCUUUUGGCUCAUUAAAUUAAGAUAAUAACGCCUUCUAAAGUGUUUUGGCCUGCAAAGCAGAGUACUUGUUUUUUAUAUAUUUUUAAAUAAUGCUUAGCACGCAUUUUUCGUCUAAAUAAAUAGCCACAGAUCUUUGAGGUCAAUAUAUAUAAUCAGUAAGCAAGAACCAAAUUGUAUUCCCGAAUGCCUGGACACUUACUUCUUCUUUGCAUUGUAAAGCACAUGUUUCUCAAUAUCUAUGUUUCACUAGAAAAAAAUGUAUAUAAUAAAUAUUAAGCAUGAAGUAGUCCUUCUAUGGCAUUCACGUCAUCUGAUUACCAAAUCCCUGUGGUCAGCCAUCAAAUAGUUUCCUCCUCAACCCUGGUAAUCCCCCUCGCUAAUUUUUUCAGGCACAACCCAUGUUCAAAGACCAAAUGAGAUUUCCAGAGCUCGUCGACCCUUUCUUGAGGGGGAACUACCCGACGAAAGCGUUGAAUCAGGCCGUUGCUGUCGCCGCCAUGUGCCUCCAGGAAGAACCGAUCGUCCGCCCGUUGAUGACCGACGUUGUCAUGGCUCUGGGCUUCCUUGUGGUCGCCCCUACCACUGAGGGCAGCUCGACUCCCUCCCGCGCUGAGACCCCGCCUCCAAAACAGGAAAUGAAUGCAGACAGAGCAAUGCAGGAGAGUGAAAUGGACCGCCAGCGGGCCGUUGCGGAGGCCAUCGAAUGGGGCUCAAACUCUCGAGGGAACCAACGAUCAUGGCGUGAGUCUGGCUCCUUGUGA